GUUGGGUUAGAUCCUUAUGAUGUAGGAUGGUUACAUUUAUUACGGAACAUGGUUCAUUUGGAUGGCUUAUUACUCUUUCUUAUAUGUUUCUUCAUCAGAGAGUCUAGAUGCACAGAGUUUGAGUACUUCCAGACUAAGGUCCAGGAGAAAGAUGCCUUGACAGACUGCCAGAGCAGAGGACAGUACCUCGCCAUCAUUAACAGCCAGGAAAAAUUUGACCAAGUGUAUAGCCUCCUAACUAACGGCGGAAGAGAAAUGCCCUCUGCUCCAGUUUACAUAGGAAUGAAGUAUAAUACUGCUCUCAAGCGGCACGAAUGGGUGGAUGGGACACCUGUAUCCUGGGUCAACUGGUUUGUCAAUGAACCAUUCAAUGUGGACACGCGUCACUGCGUCAGACUCGACCUCGACUCAAAUCUUAAGUUCCGCACGACGGAUUGCACGUACCAACAUCACUACGUGUGUUCCACUGAUGGAUCUACAGUGACUGCUGUACAUACUACGAAAAGACAAACAUCAAAUGAUGUAAUGAUUGUUGGACUCUCAGUGGGGUUUGGUGUGUCUGCGGCUGUGAUAGCAAUCUGUUGUUUGAUGUGUUACUGUUGCUGCAGCUCACGUGAUCAGCCAAAGCGCCCUCUGCUUCUUCACCACAACUGCCCUCCAAAACCAAGGGCUGUAGUAGGGAGUUUGCGCAGAAAGGAACCAGCGCCUUCCGUUUACUACAGUAAACAGUCAUCAGGCAGAAACAGCAAUAACACUUCUCGAACCGGAAGUAGCAAGUUAGAUGAUGAUGAUGAUUUGGACAGUGUUGUGAUAAAUCCGUCCGAUAGACGUACAUCAGUUAACAGCGGGGGCAUGAGUGACUAUCAACGCAGCAGUGCUUCUCCGCGUGACACUAACGACAUUUUACACUAUAUAUAGUCUUAUUUGCUAACGUAUAGAUACAAAGACAUAAUUAAAACAUCGAUUUAUAACUCAAGGUAAACAUGAAAUCUGAACAAUUGCCAUUUAACAUUAUCAAGAUUUAUAAACGAAAGUUUAAAGAGUUGCACAAUUUUCAGUGUCAGCCUUUGUACCGAUUGCUGCAGUGCAGUGUUGUUCUUUGCCCUAGGGCAAAUAUAGUCAUUAUUUUUUUAUUUUAAUUUAGAGGGCAUAAUUUAUAAUACCGAUUCAUCUACUUCUCAUAGAAAAUAUCAAAGCUAUAGCUGCUGGUUCCACAUACAUGUAACAAUCUUCAAAGUACUUCAAUAAUGAAUGAGAUGCAGUAUAUAUAAAAAGUAUUCGCCAGCAGAAUAUUGAUACGACAUUUAAGCAUUAAAUCCAAUCAUGGUUCAACAUUUGUGAGAAACAUAAAUUUCGGACCUAUGCAUUUUGUUUGAAUUCAGUGAGUUAUUGUAUGUUUUGGUUCAAGACUUUUUUUAUAGCUUGUAUUGGACAUGAUGUUUUAAGUUUGCUCUCUCUUAUAAUGCAGAUGUAUAUUGUUGUAUUGAUGCUGUUAUUUAAAGUCUGAAUUAAGAUUUAUUGUUAGAUAUUCAUUAAAGUCUAUACUUAUUUAGAGUAUUCUUGUUUUCUUUGUUUAUAAAUAAAGAU